UUCUGGUAGCAGGGAGGAGACUGAACCCGGUAUGUGACUGUGCAGAGCUCCUGGGAGAACAGCAAGAAUUCGUCAAGAUUUACUUUUUGUUUGUACAGAAGAGGCCUGGAUUGGAGGCUUUGAUUGGUGGUAGGCAAGAAGAGACUGACAGGAGAUUGAAAAAUGUUUUGAUAACUUUGUACUGGCUGGGAAGAAAAGCACAAAACAACCCCUACUAUAAUGGUCCCUAUCUCAAUCUGAAAGCUUUUGAGACUCUGUUGGGCCAGGCUUUGACCAAGGCUCUUGAAGAUUCUAGCUGCCUGAAAAGAAGUGGCCGCGACAGUGGCUACGGGGAUAUCUGGUGUCCCGACAGAGGAGAAUUUCCUGUCCCUCCAGGCAGCCAUAGGAGGGAAGAUUCCUUUGAAAGCUUGGACUCCUUGGGGUCUAGAUCACUGACCAGCUGCUCCUCAGAUCUCACGCUCAGAGGUGGGAAGGAAGGUUUCGAAAGUGACACAGACUGGGAAAUCACAUUCAAAAUGCAGGACUAUAACAAAGAUGAUAUGUCCUAUCGAAGGAUUUCAGCUAUUGAGCCAAAGUCUGCCCUACCAUUCAAUCAGUUCUUGCCCAACAAAAGUAAACAGCCAUCCUACGUGCCAGCGCCUCUGAGGAAGAAAAGGACAGACAAAAAUGAGGAUAACAGAAGAAGCUGGGCAAGCCCAGUCUACACAGACUCAGAUGGGACAUUUUCAAGUAACCGGAGGAGGACUUGGGGUCCCAAGAUGGAGCGCUGGCACACAGUCCACGAAACGUCAACCUCCUCUUGUUAUUUGGAAGAGGAGGAAGAAAAGAUAACGCGCAUACCCAACCUUGUGAAGGACGAUCUCUAUGUAAGGAAGUUGAGUCCAGUCAUGCCAAGCCCAGGGGGUUCUUUUGAUCAGUUUCUUCCCAAGUGCUGGAGCCCAGAAGAGAUGAGCUGGAAAAAAAUAAAGAGGGAGACUUAUAAGCCAUGGUAUAAGGAGUUUCAGGGAUUCAGGUGGAAUUCAGACUCUGAGGAUGAGGACUCAGGCUCCCUCAGAAGUGCCACGCUUUUUAGUAGACUAGAAAAGGCAGAGAAUAGGUUAGCCAGCAACUACCAAAAACCUUCACUCUUGCUGGAGCUAGCCACCAGACGUGCCAUGAGGUCACAGGACGCCCAUGCAGCCAGGAGGACCAGCGGUGCUUUGAGAGAGUCCAGUCAGUUUUUAUUGCUUCAGGCCCUUCAGACAUACUCUGAUGACAUCUUGUCUUCGGAAACAAAUGUCAAACUCGAUCCCACCUCUGGCCCAAGGCUCAUAACUCGCAGAAAAAAUCUCUCUCACACACCAGGCUAUCAAGCAGAUGACCUUGAGCUGACAGCCUUGGAUCCUGACUUAGAAAAUGAUGAUUUCUUUGUCAGAAAAACUGGGGCUUUCCGUGCAAAUCCUUGUGUUUUUCGAGCCUUCGAAGACUUUCGAAGGUUCUCUGAGCCAGACGAUGCUGUUGAACGAGAUAUAAUUUUGCAGUGUCGGGAAGGUGAACUUGUACUUCCAGAUUUAGAAAAAGACGAUAUGAUUGUUCGUCGGAUCCCAGCACAGAAAAAAGAGGUGCCACUGUCUGGGGCCCCCGACAGAUACCAGCCAGUCCCUUUUCCUGAACCCUGGACCCUACCUCCAGAAAUCCAAGCGAAAUUUCUCUGUGCCCUCGAAAGGACAUGCCCUCCCAAAGAAAGAAGCAGUAGCUGCCGAGUCUUAGUCCCUUCCCACCGACAGAAGAGAGACGACAUGUUGACUCGCAAGAUCCAGUCGUGGAAGCUGGGGACUGCUGUGCCUCCCGUCAGCUUCAAGCCUGGCCCCUGCAGUGAGGCCGACCUGCAGAAGUGGGAGGCCAUCCGGGAGGCCAGCAGACUUAGGCACAGGAAGCGGCUGAUGGUUGAGAGACUCUUUCAAAAGAUUUAUGGUGAGAAUGGGAGCAAGUCCAUGAGCGAUGUCACCGCAGAGGAUAUUCAGAACCUGCGUCAGCUGCGGUACGAAGAGAUGCAGAAAAUCAAAUCCCAACUGAAAGAGCAAGAUCAGAAGUGGCAGGAUGAUCUUGCAAAAUGGAAAAGUCGCCGGAAGAGUUACAAUUCAGAUCUGCAGAAGAAGAAGGAGGAGAGGGAAGAGAUCGAAAAGCUGGCCCUGGAGAAGUCUGACCGAAGCUCCAAGACAUUUAGGGAAAUGCUGCAGGACAGGGAAUCUCGAGUUCUGAAUUCUACAAGGAGGAUGUAUUCUGCCGAUGAUGCCCUGGAUGAUGAAGUACUUCAUCCUACAGUGACUCUGUCUGAAACCAGCUAUCAGAGAGAGAGACUGGGAGACAAGACAACAGCUUAUCCUGCCGAGACGGCCAAAGAAGAUUCCACAACGUUUGCAAAGAGACAGGACAGUGUAACAGCUGAGAUUCAGCAUCCUUCUCAUAUUCCUGAAGAGCAGCGGCCGGACCCUUUAUUUGCUGCAGAACCACACCAGGCCCCCUUGUCUUCUGUAGAACCACACCAGGCCCCCUUGUCUUCUGCAGAACCGCACCAGGCCCCCUUGUCUUUUGCAGAACUGCACCAGGCCCCCUUGUCUUCUGCAGAACCGCACCAGGGCCCCUUGUCGUCUGCCGAGCCUCACCAGGCCCCCUUGUCUUCUACAGAACUACACCAGGGCCCCUUGUCUUCUGCCGAGCCUCACCAGGCCCCCUUGUCUUCUAUAGAACAGCACCAGGUCUCUUUAUCUUCCGCCGAGCCACCCAAGGUCUGUUUAUCUUCAGUAGCUCUGCGUCCAGUCUCGUUCUCGUUUCAGCAGUCGCUGAGUACCAGAGGAGAGUCGACUCGGAUUUCAGCUUCUCUCCCUAGAAAUUACCAGAAAGCCGAUACAGCCAGGUUAACAUCUGUGGUCACAGCGAGACCUUUUGGCACGCAGUCAAGGGGAAUCUCAUCACUGCCCAGAUCCUACACGAUGGAUGACAGCUGGAAGUACAAUGGCGGUGUUGAGGUUGUCAAGAGACCUCAACGGAAUUUCGUCAUAGCCCCUGCCCCGAAGCUUGACUCCACCCAGUUUGUUUUGGGUUCAUCCAGUGAAAAGGAGGCAGCCCCAGGAGAAGAUGUGGCAAGCGUGUCCUCUUCCACACCCCUUUCUUCGCUCUUGCAAGACCAGGCAGCCACUUCAAAAGCCACACACUCUGGAGAAGGGAGAAGCUCACCACUGAGGGACAUUUCAAGGUCCCAGGAUCAGUUCAGCGAUAUGAGAAUCAGCAUAAACCAGACGCCUGGGAGCCAACCUGACUUCGGGUUUACAAUAAAAUGGGAUUAUUCGGGGAUCUUUGUGGCAUCCGUUGAAAAAGGUAGCCCAGCAGAAUUUUCUCAGCUGCAGGUAGAUGAUGAAAUUCUUGCCAUCAAUAACACCGAGUUUUCAUAUAAGGAUACAAAAAAGUGGGAGGAAACCAUGGCAAGCGCCCAAGAAACCGGAAACUUAGUGAUGGAUGUCAGGCGCUAUGGAAAGUCUGACUGGGGCAGAGACCAACCUCCCCUGCCAUCUAUACGGCAUAAAACCCUCAAUCUUACCAGUGUGGCUACCAAAAUUAUAGGUUCGCCUGAAACAAAGUGGACGGACACGACUUCAGGAAUUUACACCUCGGACAAGUCCUCAAGUCUGUCGGUAACAACUGAUUUCUCUGAAAGCCUUCAGAGUCCUUACACCGAAUCCAAAGAAAUCAAUGGAAUUCACGAAGAAAGCAACACCCUUGAUUCAAAAGCAUCAGAAUCCAUUUCUUUGAGAAAUUUAAAAAGGAGGUCCCAAUUUUUUGAACAAGGAUCACCAGGCUUUUCUUACAGUUCAUGGGUCUACCUCUGUGGGAGCUCCGAUUCUGCGGGUCCUGAUGUUCCAGUUCCAACCCUCAAUGCCCCAAGUCGCUGGGCAUGGGAUCAAGAGGAGGAGCGAAAACGACAGGAGAGGUGGCAGAAGGAGCAGGACCGCCUACUCCAGGAAAAAUACCAACGUGAGCAAGAAAAGCUGAGGGAAGAGUGGCAGAGGGCACAACAAGAGGCCGAGAGAGAGAAUUCCAAGUACUUGGAUGAGGAGCUGAUGGUCCUAAGAUCCAACAGCAUUUCUCUGACUACACGGGAGCCUGUGACUGCCACUUGGGAAUCCACCUGGAGUGAAGGGUCCAAGUCUUCGGACCGGGAAGGAACCCGAGCAGGGGAGGAGGAGAGAGGGCAGCUGGAAGAGGAUGCUGUUCGUGAGGACAAAAGUCGGAAACUGCAGGAGCAGCUCAUGCUUGAGCAGGAGAAGAAACAGAAGGAAGAAGCUCAGGAAGAAGAGCUUCAAAAGCAGCGGGAGGCUGAGGCGCAGGCGCAGGCUGAGGCAGAAGCCAAGGCCCGAGCAGAGGCCCAGGCCCAGGCAGAGGCUCAAGCGCGAAAACAAGCUGAAAUGCAGAAGUACCAUGCAGAGAGGGAGCGAGAAACUUCCGUCAAGAUCUACCAAUACCGGAGGCCUAUUGAUUCCUACGAUAUACCAAAGAGAGAGGAGGAAUCUUCAGGGAUGUUUUCUACGGACAGGAGCAAGUCAAGAUCUACUACAGAACUAAAUGAUACCCCCACAGAGAAAAAUGGAAGCAGCAAAUAUUCUGACCGAAUCGGGACUACUAGCUUUUCUCAAAGGAGCUCCAGGAAGGAUCAGGGCCCCUCAGAAGCAGAGUUGGAGAGACAGCAAAUCCUGCAGGAAAUGAGGAAGAGGACGUCUCUCCAUACUGACAACAGCUGGAUCCGACAGCGCAGUGCAAGUGUGAACAAAGAGCCCAUCUGCCUGCCUGGGCUCAUGAGAAGAGGGGAGUCCCUGGACAACCUGGACUCCCAGCGGCCCAGUUCCUGGAGGCAGUCCCCAUGGCACAGCCAACCUGCAGGAGUCUAUGCCUCCUCCUCCGUCCAAGACUUCAGUCGCCCGCCUCCACAGCUGUUGUCCACAUCAAACCGUGCCUACAUGAGGAACCCAUCCUCUGCGGUACCACCUCCAGCUGGCCCUGUGAAGACCAUCAUCCCAGGCCCUGCCCCCCCAGGGUCUCCUACCCCACGCAGCUGUUCCCCUUCCAUUUCACAGUCGGGCUCUCAACUCCGCAACAGGUCAGUGAGUGGGAAGCGUGUGUGUUCCUACUGUAAUAACAUUCUGGGCAAAGGAGCCGCUAUGAUCAUCGAGACCCUGGGUCUUUGUUAUCAUUUACAUUGUUUUAAGUGUGUCUCCUGCGAACGUGACCUCGGAGGUUCCUCCUCAGGAGCUGAAGUCAGAAUCCGAAGCAACCAACUUUACUGCAAUGACUGCUAUCUCCGAUUCAAAUCUGGACGGCCAACCGCCAUGUGAUGUAAGCCUCCAUUCGAAAGCACUGUUGCAGAUAGAAGAAGAGGCGGUUGCCACUGAUGCAGAACUAUAAAUAUGUCUUGUCCCCCCCCCCUUUUUUUUUUAAAAACAGAAGAACCUUUCCCUCAUUAGGACAUAGGAACACUGUAGUGUUGGUAGGACUUGUAUUUUUGCUCUUUAUUUAUAAGAUGGUAAUUUUGUCUGUGUGGGGGGAAGUGCAGUAUUUGCCUUUGAACUCAGUAUCCUAAAAGCACAAGUGGAAAAACCCCAAGAACUUAAAAAAAAAAUACUUUUGAGGCCGAUGCUGAUCUAGUUUGACCCUUUAUUGGUGUUUUGAAGAGGGUAUUUUAUUUUUUUUUAAGUUCUGAAACACUAUUUGAAAUAGUUAAUAUAAAUAUGUAAUUGUUUACUGUUUAUUGUAAUGUAUUCUAAGUUAAUGUGAAACUAUAGGAAAAAUUUUCAUUUAAAUCCACCCAUAAAUUUGCUUUUUGUGGCUUUCUUUACACAGAAAUAAUCCAAUUGAGAAAUAAUUUUGUUCCUGAAAUAUUUUAUUUGCUUGAAGAAGGCAUUCUAUUUUCCUUACAAGGACUGUGGUUGCUGAGCAAAUAGAAUAGGAAGCUGUUCAUUUCCAGUAAUGAAAAAUAACCAUGGUUUGCACCAGGAAGUUUUUCAAGAAACUAGUGAGCUUUUCUGUUCGGUUGCCUUUGUAAAUAAAAUUGGUGAUGCGUUU